AUGGCGACCGACGAUGCUCCUCAACCGGCCGGCGGUGCUCCCGCGAGGCAACCUGCCGACCUCCCGACUGGCGACAAGCCGUCAAUUUCAUCAGAGUCCCGCGCAGAUGGCUCAGCCCAGCCCGGUGCUGCAGUGGAAAAAUCACAGGAGGGCCGACGCGGCGACAGGCGCGACGACAACAGGCGAGGCGGCAAGUCGCGCGGACCGAAGCGGAAGCACGACGUCGGCCGGUCGGCGUGGAGCCGUGAGGCCACCGACAAGCGCGGACGCAAUGCCGAGUACCAAGAAUUCAAGCGCAGGAAGGUAGACAAGGACGGCAACCCUGAGACCACCGAAAACCCUUUUACCGCCGAAGAGAUCGCCGCCGAGGGUCGCAAGCCGAAGCGAAAGGUGGCCGUCAUGGUCGGAUACUCAGGCACGGGCUACAAGGGCAUGCAGAUCAACAAUGAGGAAAAGACAAUCGAGGGAGACUUGUUCAAAGCCUUUGUUGCUGCUGGAGCCAUCUCAAAGGCCAAUGCCGAUGACCACAAGAAGUCGAGUCUCGUCCGAUGCGCGAGAACCGACAAAGGCGUCCACGCUGCUGGCAACGUCAUCAGCUUGAAGCUCAUUAUCGAAGACGAGGACAUUGUCGAGAAAAUCAACGCCGCUCUGCCCGACCAGAUCCGUGUCUGGGGUAUCCAGCGUACCAACAACUCCUUCAGCUGCUACCAAACCUGCGACUCGAGAUGGUACGAGUACCUCAUGCCGACAUACUGCCUUCUGCCCCCUCAUCCCGACAGCUGGCUGUGGAAGCAGCUGGUUGAGGCCGCGAAGGAGAAGGGCUACUACGAAGAGUUCUCAAAGAAGCUGGCCGAUGUCGAGGGAUACUGGAGAAAGGUUGACGAGGAGGACAUCAAGCCGAUCCUCGAAAAGCUCGAUCCCGAGACCAAGGCCAAGGUGAUGGAGCGAAUCCACGCCGACGAGGAUGCGACCGCACAGGCAGACGAGGCCAAGUCCGCCCCCGAGACGAAAACUGAGGAGGCACCAGCCCAGCCCGCCACCACCGAGGAGAACAAGGCCCCCGCAGAGGUCCCCGAAGGAAGCGUCAAGCCCAGAAACCGCGACCUCACCCCCCUUGACUUUGCCCUGCGCGACAUCAAGGCCGCCUACAUUGCAGCCAAGAGACGUUACCGUGUUACCCCCGAGCGCCUCGCUCAGCUCCAGGAGGCCCUCAACAUGUACUGCGGCACAAUCAACUUCCACAACUACACCGUCCAGAAGAGCUUCAAGGACCCGUCAGCCAAGCGCCACAUCAAGUCCUUCAAGGUCAACAUGCAGCCGAUUCAGAUUCGCGAUACCGAGUGGGUCUCCACCAAGGUCCACGGACAAAGUUUCAUGAUGCACCAGAUUCGCAAGAUGGUCGGCAUGGCUUCCCUCGUCGUCCGUUGCGCCACCCCACUGAAGCGCAUCAAGGAGAGUUACGGUCCCACGAGGAUUGCGAUUCCCAAGGCUCCUGGUCUGGGUCUUCUUUUGGAGCGACCCGUGUUCGAUGCCUACAACAAGCGGGCGGCAGACAACUUUGGCAAGGAGACGAUCGACUUUGCGAAGUACGACGAGAAAUUGCAGGCCUUCAAGGAUAAGCAGAUCUACCAGCGCAUCUUUGAGGUUGAAGAGCAGGAGAACACCUUCCACAUCUUCUUCCAGCAGGUAGAUAACUUCAAGUCCGACUAUUUCCUGUGGCUCACGGCCGGCGGCAUCGAGGCUGGUGGGGUUCGAACCGGAAAGGAAGAGAAGGGAAGCAAGACCCUCGAGUCGGCGCUUGGUGACGAAGACGAGAACCCUGUCAACGGUGACGGUUAA